ACCUCUCCAGUGCAAGCUAAAAUUUAUUGGGAAGUAGCAAUUAAGAAAAUUACACGACAAAAGACGGCCGUUGUCGAGGACGAGCCCAUGGGGAGCUCUCACUGUUUUGUAGCCGACCAUUUGCCACUCACCCUCUGGACAUUCGUUACGAGUUGUUGGGCGCUUCGAUUGCUAUCACCUUUGGAUUAUUCGGAGAUGGGUCUCCCUGACUAAGACAAGACCCUCUGGAACAACAGGGUUUGUCACUGUUGCGACAAUAGGGAAAUCGAAAACUUUCGCACGCACCCUCGAAUUCAGGGAUGCUAAUUGGUGGGUGGUUAGCCCGUAGCCACCGGCAAGUUUUCCAAGAUUUAUGAGCGCUGCGGCUAAAGGCGUGAAUAAGCCCGGGUCACAGCCCCGGGAAGGGUAGCGCAAGAUUUUGAAUUAAAUGUCAACCGCACGGAUGAGACACGAAACUAACGUCUCGCCACGAUGUCUGGGAAUAACGAUGCCGCCACAACUUCAAGCAUUAUUUCCACCCGAUCCAGCCACUGGAUGAUGAUUUGGACACAAAAUCUAGGCAUUAAAAGAGAAAGGACCGUCUGAAUGUGAAGAGAUUCGCUGAUGAUGUUUAAAGAGAGACCCGCUUCCGAAAAUUCAAAGCUGUCUAGAAGAAAUAAAAGAUUCUGGAGCAAAUUGUUUGACUCAAACCCGGAUUCGCGAAAUGUUCCCGCUAUCCUGUCAUUCGAACAUCUGGAACACGUGGUACUCGCCGGCGAAGAGGUUGCGAGGAAUUUAGAUUACAUCUGCGAUUUGAAAUUGAUAACACAGCAAACACUGCACGUCUGACGUGCAAUAUAUUCAAAGGAAUAGGAUGAAUAACUAGCGGGAGUUAAUGAUCGUCGUAAUCGGGCGGAAGAUAAGUCUUCGACGUGGCGUUUCGUCGUUUUUCAUUUCACAGAUAAGACCUAUAGGCACCUUCCGCCUUUAUGAAGUGGUGGUUUCUCUCGCGAUGAAGAGCGGAAAAUGAGAUGAAAAUCGGAAGACGAGAAGAGGGAGGAAGUGAAGCAGGACAAACCGCGGGCGAGAAGAUGAGAUACGAAACUGCGCUCUACCUGCUCUUCCUGCUGAUCCUGUCGCUCAAUGAUCCUUCGUGGGCUUCCGCCGAGAUCAGAGGAUGCAAUCGGACCAUCAGAAAUUCGGUGGGCUGGAUUCGCUGGACAGGACGAAUGGGACGAUGCAUCGUGCGGAUCAGAGCACCACUAAGAGAUCCGCAGGUGAUCGAGGUGAAAGUCAGGAGAUUACAGGUGGGUUUCCUGAAGGAGGCUCGAUGCGAGGGAGCGUAUUUUCAGUUCUCGGACAGCGCGGACGAUCCUGACGACGAGACAGGUCGAUAUUGCGGCCACGUGACCGGAAACGCUACGAGGCUAUUUUUGCGACGUGGCCCGGACCUGACUAUCACCCUGUCGUCGGACGCGCACUUUGCGUCGAUGAACCCGGUCAUCUUCUCCGCGCAAUUCUCCAUUCUACCGACCCGCCUCGCGGUCGAACGUCAUCGCGGUUAUUCAGCGUCAUCGUCGCCCACGUGUCCCAUGGAAUGCACCGUACGAAACGAGCGCAGAUCCUGCAGACUGACCUCGCCGGGUUAUCCUAGCGUCUAUCCACGUGGAAUCAGAUGCAGGGUCGCGUUGGAGUCGAGCGCCGGUCGCUUCAGGAUAGGCGGUCAGCCGGAGGACCUUUUCGACCUGAUGAACUACAGCGAUCAAGAGAGUUGUCAAAUAGAAGAUUGCGAGGGCUCCCUAGAGUCCGAGGGACUCGGCCGGUCGUCGUUCUCGGCCUUCGCAAGGGUCACGAGGAGUCGGGAUCGUCUCCUGGAGGACGAAUCUAUUAUCGGGGCCGAUCGAUUGAGGAAUGGACACAACUGUCGGACGAGACGCGCCUCGGAAACGAAUAGGCAAUUAACGAGGCACUACGAGAAAAAAGCGGCACGGUGGUACAGAGACAGGCAAUAUCAUCACAAAGAGCCGCCGAAUAGGCUCGGCACGAGCGUGCCGAGACUUCGCAUAAAAUCAAUGCGUUCGAAGAUAACGAGGCAGGACCAACGGAGGGUCGACCCGAACCGUUAUCUCAAUGGCGACCCUGAAAGACCGAACGAGACGUUCGGUAGCGCGACGAUGUUGAAAUAUCCCGGAGAGUCGGAGAACGUCACGUGCGACGGCGGCGACUAUCUCGCGCUGCUGGAAAACGUAAACGGGAGGAUCCUCGAGAUCUCCAAGUUUUGCGGCAGCGGACGCGUGCCGCGUAUCUAUUCGCGCGGGAGAAACGUAAUCCUGGAGUUUUACGCUCGAAAGGACGGCACCGUGACGCACGAUGGCUUCCAAGUGACCCUGCAGGAGGAACACGUCUCGCAAGAAAUGAAACACGUGAGAUGCGAGUUCGUGUACAGGAGCUCCCGGCGUAACAGCAGGGAGAACAUCAAAUCCCCGCGGAGCUGGUAUCCGCCUAAUACCGUGUGCACUUACAAGUUUCUCGGUAGAGCCACGGAAAGGGUCUCCGUUCAUAUAAAGAUCCUCAGAAACGAGCUCGGCCACGAGAAACUGGAGACUAAGCGAAACUUUAGCCUCAACUAUUGUCCGGGGAAUGAAAUCACUGUUUAUAACGGAAUGCAGGUGAACGGCAGCUUCCUGUUGUGGUCCUAUUGCGAUGCGUCUCACUGGGACAUCAACAACAUUCAAGUACCUUUGACGUCUAGCGGAAACGAAUUAUUGAUCCAGUACUACAGCGCCAAAGGGUCCUACGAUGGUCAAGGAUUCACUUACGCCGUAUCUUACCGAUUUGUCAGAAAAGAGCAAAACUCGACAAGUACGAAGCGCAAAUAUAAAUCGAUCUCGUUAAGGCCCAUCAAUCUCUCGACUCUGAAUCUCAACGAUACCGAUGUCGAUUACGAAUGCGACAAUAGAAUCGGCACGUUCAAAAAUUGGUUCGCGGUACUUAUGGUUUUUGGAGUAGUGUCCUUUAUCGGGGCCGUCGUCACAAUAGUUGCCCUGACGGUCAAAUGUUUAAAGAUCAAAUCCGCCGAGAAGAAACUCUUGCAAAAUACAAAACGGUAAUAAUUACAUUAACAAAGUUUUAUGUUUUCUUUCUCUCUUUCGUAAUCCAUUGAUUAAUAAUAUGUAAUUAAAAACGAUCUCGGGAAUUCGUUUGAGAGACGAAGAUAUUGGAAAUUGAAACAAUUUCGCGUUUAAAUGGCCAAAAUAAAACCCACUGAGGUCCCACCGAGACUUGAACUCGGAUCGCUGGAUUCAGAGUCCAGAGUGCUAACCAUUACACCAUGGGACCUUGAUACUUUUUCUAUGAACAAUUAAAUAGCACAUGUAAAUAUUUGCGAAAAAAUAUCACGAGAAACUGUUGAAACACGAUUGCAUAGACAUAGACGAUAGAUAGACCGAUUUAAUAUCGUUAUUCAACAUCUUCUUGAUAUCUUUUGCAAAGAUUUCUCUUUUAAAGAAUAAUGUACAAUGUAUACCAAACUGAAUUUUUAUACGUAACAAAAAUAAUGAAUCGCAAUAAAAUAUGUAUAAAUAAGCG